AUGGAUGUGUCGCUAAUAACGCAGUUUCUAAAGGUCAUUUCCCACUUGAUCUGAGGCAAUAAGAUGAAAAAGAACAGUUGCUAUGCUCCCUUCAGAAAGCAAGAGAUUUGGCAUUUGUUCGUGGGAACAUGUAUUCCUGUAGUUAGAAAGUAGAACAGCUCCUGUAUUUUCUGUCACAGGACAUGUUCAGGCUGGAGACUCUGUGCUAAUCCAUGCAGGAUCAAGUGGUGUGGGCACAGCUGCCAUCCAACUAGCUCGGAUGGCUGGUGCUAUUCCUCUGGUCACAGCUGGCUCCCAGCACAAACUUCAAAUGACAAUAAAGCUUGGGGCAGCUGCUGGAUUCAAUUACAAAGAAGAAGAUUUUUCUGAAGCCACUCUGAAAUUCACCAAAGGUGUUGGAGUCAACCUUAUUUUAGACUGCAUAGGUGGAUCUUACUGGGAGAAGAAUGUCAACUGCCUGGCUGUUGAUGGUCGAUGGAUUCUCUAUGGUCUGAUGGGAGGAGCUGAUGUCAGUGGACCCCUGUUUUCAAAACUGCUUUUUAAACGAGGAAGUCUGAUUGCUAGCCUACUGAGAUCUAGGGACAAAAAGUACAAGCAAACGCUGGUGAAAGCUUUCACGGAGCAAAUUCUGCCCCAUUUCUCCAAGGAGGACCCCCAAUGUCUGCUGCCGGUUGUGGACAGAAUCUACCCUAUGGCUGAAAUCCAAGCGGCCCAUGGGUACAUGGAGUCUAACAGGAACCUGGGCAAAAUCAUCCUGGAGCUGCCCCAGUGAAGGAAGAGGGGACAGCACAGGUCUCGGACAUCCCAGCCCUCCCAGGUCCCUCCUCGUUAAUAGGUCGGUGUAAAGAUGGUCUAAGGAAAUAAAAUAUGGACUUGAAAAGUGGCACGUUCACUGUGGGGCGGGGUGAGGUGUGAGUCAGGUCGAUCAGCUGACCCUCAAUCCGAGGCUCAUGCCACUACGCGGUUCCGGUUACACCUCACCGUCGGCCACCACACAAACAACCAAU